UUCAAUAUGGCCGACCUUAUGGCCGGAAGUUGGUAAUUUUCUAAUGCGAAGUUUGAAAAUGCAUCAAAUUAGUCUUUUACUGUGUUUUAUUUGUUUCAUAAAUACACUUUUCUGAUAGUUCUCCUUAAGCUAUAGUUCCAAAUAUGAUGUGUUGAAGUAGCUACCACAAUGUCUGUGUCAACAGAUUCUUCUGGUCCUGUAACCAAUGGCAAUGUCACGCCAUCUACAAUAUCAACAGAACCAAGUAAAAGCAACAAAGAUGAAGAGGACGACUGCAUGAAGGAGUUGUGUGCCAAUAAUGGAAUUAACUACAGUAAGAUACAGAAUGGAGAGAUUUGUAAUGUGGACAAACUUGAGAUGUUCUUUUCUGGAUAUCCUAAAAUUAUUGGCAUGAACCUCUUUCCCAGUCUCAGUUGUUUGGUUAUAAUGGACCAACAGGUUGCAAAGAUUGAGGGUCUGUCAUCUUUAGCUCUCCUUAGGGAGCUGUGGAUCUGUGAUUGUCAAAUCAAGAAAAUAGAAAAUUUGGAGGCAAACAAAAAUUUAAGGAAACUCUACUUAUAUGGAAACAAAAUUGAAAUGAUUGAACACUUGAACCAUUUGGGAGAGCUUGAGAUCCUAUGGUUAAAUGAUAAUUCUAUUGUUAAUAUUGAGAAUAUUUCCUUGCUGAGCAAACUGAAGCAGUUGAAUUUAGCAGAAAACAAAAUAACUAGAAUAGGUCAUACGUUAGACAGUAAUAAACGGCUGGAAGAUUUGAAUUUGUCAGGAAAUAAUAUUACCUCACUCAGGGAAUUGACUCAGUUAAUGAGGUUACCAGCCUUACACAGUCUUAGUUUAAAGGACCCAAUGUACACUCCAGCACCAGUCAGUCUGUUGUGUAAUUACUCUACCCAUGUUCUGUUUCACUUACCAACCCUCACUAAACUAGACACAUAUGAUGUUAGUAAAACAGUAACUGAUGUGGCAGAGGCUACAGUGAUGAAGAAAAGAAUGUACUAUCACAUGCGUGUGAAGACCGUUCACAGAAAUAUGACUGAUAUUCUGUCAAAAAUGGAUGUGUAUAAAACCAAAUUAGAAGAAUUUCCAUAUGAAAGAAUAAAAUCCUUGUAUAAUGUGCUGAAAGAAAUUGAAACAGAAUUAGAAGACACUUGGGAUUUAAAUGUUGACCUUGACUUUGAAGAGGUUGUUGACCUUGAAAAAAUGGAUAUUGCAACACAGGCCAAAGCACAGAAAUUAGAGGAAACAGGCAGUUUUGUAGCUAAACAUACAUGUCUAAAAGAAAGAAUUAGAAAUUGGGAAAGAAAGUGCCAUGAAAUUGAGUGUUUUUACAAUGAGGCUGCUGCAAGAAUAAAGAAAAGUGCUGAUGUUAUUGUUAAUAGAAUGUUAAUAGAACUAGAAUCUGGAGGAAAUGUCCGCUUUGAAGAGGGUUCACCUACAGAUAUCUGGUUUUCUUCAUGUCAUGAUUUGGUGCUAUCAAGAUUUUGUGCUAGUGAUUAUAAGGAUCACAAUGUAUCAGGAAUCAAAAUCCACAGAAUUAUACGUAUACAUAACAGGAUGUUACGGACACGGUUUGACGAUAUCUUGUCUUCCAUAGUGGAUGAUCCUGAUGGAGAAUACUAUCCAUGUAACAGGAAUACAGGCUACAGAAAGUUGUUAGAAUAUUUGUUUUGGAUGCAGGACCCACAGUUAUCUAAUGGUGCUAAUGAACCAGGACAUUUGUUAGAGGAAGGUUUCCUAGAGGCUCAAACAUAUAGUGAUUUGGGAAGAGAUGGUGCUGUUUCUCUUAGUAAUAGUUUGAGUUUAGCAGAUAGACAUAGGAUAGAACAUUUAACCAAGAAUGGCAAGAAUUCCGAAUAUAGUGACUCGUGUCCAUUUAGAUAUGGUCAGUUGGUUAUUUCUAAAGUUUAUCUUGGUAAAAGUGUUAAAGCUUUAGAUGAUAGACAAAUAAGCAAAAGUUCAUAUCCAAAAAUAGAUGCUGUGUUCAAACCAAGGAAGAUGUGUAUUUCUAAUGAAGGUGAUACUCUAUGUGAAUGUAGUGCCAGACAAUGUGAGUGGUAUUUAUUUGACAACAGACUUGUACUGCCAGAAUAUGUAGUAGAGUUUGAAUACGUCACAAAGUUUAGAUCCAAGUCGCCUUUUAAUUACUUCAAUGAUAUGUUAUUGGACAAUCGAGAAUGUCGGUUACCAGCAGUACCUCAUUCAGAGGAUGACAAGUCAGCUGAUGAUGAUGUCAUAAACAUGGAACCUCAAUGUAAACCUAGACCAAGGUUGAUAGCCUUGACAGAAGAACUAGUCUUGAAACUUGCCAAUGUAGAUAGUAUGUCCAGUAUCACAUCAUUAAAUCUCCAUGGAAACGCAUUGUCAAAGUUAAAACCAAUACAUAGUCUACAUAACCUGAAGCGUCUGGUGGUCAGUGGUAACGAGUUAACCAAACUGGAUGAGUUGUCUAAUAUGUGUAUUGAAUAUUUAGAUGUUAGUUUCAAUAAAAUAUGUACAUUGGAUGGUCUGAAGAAUGUCCACAAGAUGAAGUUUUUAGAUUUAAGUUGGAAUAAACUGUGCAAUACAAGAGAAGAUUUAUCAAUACUAAGGAAACAUGUGCCGCACCUGCUGAUACUGGACACAAGACAUAAUAACUGGCAAAAGCCAGAAAAUAUUCGUCUUAGAAUCAUAGGAAGAUUAAAGUCGCUGACAUUAUUAGAUGGCUCUUGUGUAUCUGAGACUGAGGCUACAGGUGCAUUACGUAUUGCAGCUGGUUCUCGGAUAUCCCAUUUGUCGUUACUGACACAUACACGGACAGACAACAAUAAACCCAGAUCAUUAAGUCUGAUGACAACACCACAUAUACUGGAGAAAAUCAGUCGGAGUAAACCAGAGAAAAUAAAUGAACAUGAUAGCCACUGGUUUCUCAAGGUUACAUCGCUAAACUUAGACAAACAGCAUUUAACAAAGUUAUCAGGACUGGAAAAACUAGAUAAUCUAAAGUGGGCAUCUUUUGCUGACAAUGAUCUCACUAAGAUAGAGGGACUUGAAAACUGUUUAAAGUUACAAGAAUUAUAUUUGGAUAAUAACUGUUUAUCAAAGCUAGAGGGAAUCGGUAAACUGAGUCAGCUACGCAGAUUAAGUCUGGACUCAAACUAUAUCUCCACACUAGAAAAUACAGGGAUCCAGUUUCUCAAUUGCUUGUGUUAUCUGUCUUUGGAGAAUAACAAAAUUGUCUCACUUGCUGGUGUACAGAAACUGAUGUCAUUGGUAGAGUUAUAUGUGGGCAAUAAUAUACUGAAUUCUGUUCGAGAAAUCUUCUUUUUGAAGACAUUACCCAAUCUGGUGAUUAUAGACAUGUAUGGAAAUCCUGUUGUACAUGAAAUGGAUAACUACAGACUGUUUAUUAUUUACCAUCUAAAGACAUUAAAAGCUUUGGAUGGAUUAGCCAUUGAAGCAACUGAGGGUAGUAUAGCCAAGGAUACUUUUGGUGGUCGGUUGACGCCAGAUUUUGUUGCAGAGAAAUUAGGUCAUUCUAACUUUGAAGAUGUUAGAGAACUAGAUCUGCCAAACAGUGCCAUUCGUAUUGUUGACUUGGGUCUCAAUGAUACAUUCCUCAAUCUUAGAAGCGUCAAUCUUGAGCACAACAAUUUGACAUCAUUUAGUGGACUGAUUCAUCUUCCAAAUUUACGGGUACUUUGUUUAAAUCACAAUCAUAUCGAAUGCAUCAUGCCUCGUCCUAAGCCACAACAGAACAAAAGAGUUGCCAUUGUAAGCACAAUAUCCAAUAACAGAGCAGGAGAUUUCUUUAACAAUAACAGUACAGACUCUAUGACACCUGUUAUGGAGAGCUUAGAGGUUUUACAUCUUGGGUAUAACAAUAUAAAAGAUAUGGCUGCUUUACAGUUAGGUAGACUUACAUCACUCAAGGCUUUGUUUUUACAAGGGAAUGAAAUACUGAAAGUAGAAGGAUUAGAGGGACUGCAUGACUUAAGAGAAUUAGUGCUGGAUAGAAAUAAGAUAAAGAACAUUUUUGAGACCUCUUUUAUUAACCAAUGGAAUUUACAGGAACUUCAUAUUGAAGAGAAUCGUAUUAGAGAUUUAUCAAAUUUACAUUGCUUAGAACAUCUGCAGAGGCUUUACCUUGGAUCUAACAGAGUUCAGGAAGUAUCAGAACUGGAGAAGUUAGAUGGUUUAGUAAACAUGAUAGAAAUAUCUUUGGUCAACAAUCCUGCUGCCAGACGUCAUCUUCACAGACCACUGUUAGUGUUCAGAUUAAAACAGUUACUGGUUAUUGAUGGUAUACCUGUCAAUGAGGAAGAAAGGACCAAAGCUGAAUUGUAUUACAUGGACCAACAACAGGUUAACAUGGUUGAGGGAACACUGCCAGGAAUCAGUCAGUAUAAAACACAGGUACCAGUGAAGGUUACAACGAUGCAUCUAGGUUCUUCGCCCAUCUGGAAUGGAGGUGCCAUAUAUGAUGAAAAUACUCCUGAGGCACUACAGAGAGGUGGGGGUAGAAGAAGAGGAAAUAGUAAAACAGACAAUGGUACAGGUGUUUUAAAUCGUGGAAACACGAUUGUAGCACCGGGUUAUGGAGGCAUGCGUCACUAUCUAAAUCAAAUACCAUAUGUCACGCCACCUUCACAGAGCGAGUAUGUUGAGUGGUUUUCCAGGAUUAACCAGGCCAAAAACAACAAAAGAUAGCUAUGUGAUGGAGAAAAUAAAUGAUGUUAAAGAAUGGUUGUGAGCAAUCUUCAAAAACUGUAUUCCAGCUUAAUCAUAAUACAUUCUAUUGCAAAUCUGUCCACAUGCAAGUCUUCAGAUCUGAGCAUUGUUCUGCAUAAUAAGUCUGUGAUACAUUUAUAGUAGAAUAGCUUUAGUUUUGUGAUGUGGUUUCAAAAUUUCCAUGAAGUCUCUCUUAUAAAAGAUGACUGAGUCUCAUGAAAAGAUGAAAUUUAUAAAUGGGGCAUCCUUAUUUUACUGUUUAUCUUUAAAAUGUCACCCUCAUAUUCUCUUCUACAAUAAAUUUCCCAUAAUUGAUCAGUCGAAGAUUGAAA